AUCUGGCAACAAUGGUCUCCAGAAUGGAUGACAUCAUAGGGGCAGACGUCUUACUCAGUGACGGUCACUCGGGCGUCUCGGUUUGUCGUGGUCGCGGUGUGGAAGCUCUCUGGUCGGUCCGGUUGCGUCCUCGCGCUGCGAAAGCCUCCGUUUGACCCGUUACUGUUCGAAGCCGAAAAGGAGCGACGUCACGCCGAACAUGUCCGCGCGGCUCGGUUCGGGCUGACGCAGCCGUUCGCCGCUCCUUCAGAGCAGCAGCAGCGUGAACCGACAGACUCCAGCUAUUAACGAGAUUUAGUGAUGCAGCAGAAGCUGUGCUCCAGAAGUGCUAGCUCUUUCCUCCUCGAGAAGAACGUCCAGGCCUGCAGCGCCGUCCCAGAGGCAGUCUCUUCCUGCAAACUCCCGUUCCGCUGCCCUCGUUGCGGCGAGCAGGAGCGAUUUUGCAGCCUGGCCUCGCUGCGUGCCCACCUGGAAUACCGCCACUCAUACCGAUCCCCAGAUGUGACCUCCGGCAGCUUCAGCAUCACGGGAAAACUUCCCGACCCGCUGACAGCGGCGAUCCCCUGGCAUGAAAUGAGCCUCCCGACCCGCAGGGGGCAGCAGAGCACGGGGAGGGCUCCGCACGUCCGCUCCCUGAGCGACAGCAGGGACAGCGGGUACUUCCAUUCCUACAGCUCUGCAAGGAGGCGCACCCAAAGCGUCGGGGUGGGGACGCAGGAGGAGGAGGAUGAAGAGGAGGAAGCAGGGACAGAAGAUGAAGAAGACGAUAAUGAAGAUGAUAGUAAAGGCAAAAAUGAGAACUUCAGAUUGUCCACCAGAAGGUUGGAGUCAUGUCGCCACAUUAGCCACCAGCAACAUCUGCCGUUCCCGCUCCCCGCCCCCCUCAGCCCCCCACCAGAACUGCUCCCAGACCUGGAGCUCAUGGAGCAGAGCCCGUUCUCCGGCCUGCAGGCAGCAGCGGCUUCGGCCGCCGUACGACGGCGCCUGGCCAGCAUGCUGCGAGCAGCCGACAGCACCAUGCAGCGGCGGCUGGCCCGGCUCAGCACUGAGCUGGCCCAGACUGACACAGAGCUCCUGUGUGAACGCGCUCACUCGCAGCACCUGGCACAGGAGAGACAGGAAGUCGCAGACAGGGAGAGGUCACUGAGUCAGCAGGUGGAUGUGGCGGUCAUGGUGAUUGCAGCGCUGAAGGAGCAGCUGAACGCCUCAGAGAACGAGCUGGAGCGGCGGGAGAGGGAGGUGUCGACCAUCCAGAGGUUCCUCGACGCUGCGGUCCGACAGGAAACCAGCGGCAAAGUUCGGAUCCAAGAGUUCAUAGAGAACCUGCUGACCCGCAUCGCCUUAACUGAGCGACUGGUGGAGUAUUACCAGGUUAACGGCAGCCCGCCUCAGUGCAACCACCAGCAGCCUGAGAACUUUGCUCAAAGAAUCACUAAGAGCAGGUCAGCGGGAGGCCAGCUGUUCUCAUCAGGGUUCUCUGACAGAAGAACGCAGUCUUUCACCCAGUUUGGGGGCCGCCCCCCACCUUCUAAAGUGUCCGGGGAGCGGGACCGAGAGCGGGAGCACCGGGAGCGCCUGGCCCAGUCGUCCAGGCUUUUCUGCCGGCCCGAACACAGGAACGACAUCUGGAACCACCAGCGGCGCCGCUCCACCGGGUACGAGGCCUAGGACUGAAGGGGGUGGGCGGGGCAGCAGCGAGUUAACCCGAGGAAACUGUGGAGAAUCCCAGAUUAUUAACAGCAAUUCUGCUGCUAAUCUGGACAUUUACAUUUAGAACCAGAAUGAAGCUGAAUCCCAUUAUUUAUGAUGUGAUUGUAGAGAGAAAAAGCUGCAGGAGAGAUUUAAACUCUUAACACUUUUUAGGGUGGAGCAUCUUCAUCAGCACAAAAAUCAGACGUGCUUCAGUGUUUAAACAUCUCCACUCAUUUCUCACAUCCAGUUUAGAGCAUGACCCGCUCAUUUUCUGUGUCAGUUACCUGCAGGAACCUGGUUUAGUCCUUGUCUCUAGAAACCAGGAUGGGGGUUUAGGGCCCGGUUUCCUCAUUUACAUCAAACCUCUGCUGGAAUGCAGCACUGACGCCUACAGAAGGUAGAAGCUGCUGCCUGGAAAGAGAGAGGACAUGGAGGAGGAAGAGGAGGAGACAACCAGGUUUAGCACGGUGAAGAUGAAGGAAAAACCGAGCAAAAGGAUAAAAAAAUCAAUCGGGUUCUUCUCAUCCAUGAUUGUUCUCCAUGUCAAUUUCUGUAGAGUUUUAAAGACCGGCCCUCGGGUAGAUGUUAAAGCUGUGACCACAAAACUACACAACAACUGAGACUAUAAUCAGUUUGAGGGAGCAAAAGUGGAGAAACUCUGAGUGAGAGACGUUUUGGGUUCUGUUCGAGCUUAUAAGCCUAAAAGCACAGACAAGUUCUGGGACAGCAGGACCAGGAGGAAGUCCUCACUUCUGGAUUAAGGAAGAACAGAUUUUUGUUUGGGGGAAAUGCAGUCAAGUACUGCUGUUCUGCAGCAUCUCUGACUUGCUGCAUCCUCAUCCUCCUUUCUUCGUCCUGCAGUCUAAACUAUUGACGGUACAUGAGAACUGGACUGAGUGCAAAGUCACCCGAAGACUUCUGGCUCCGACAAAAUAGUCAUUUCGAUCACCAUUUUUUGCAAUGCUGGACUCGGAUGACGUCAGUAGGCAGUGAGCGGUCCAAGUCGGACUGAGUGGACAUUUCUACUGCAACCACUCUCACCAAUCAGGAGUGAGCUUGUUGGAAGGCCACGCCCCUAGAACUUGAAAGCAAGCUCGGGAGAAUCUUUCUAACAUUUUGAACGUUCAAUGUGAAACUACCUACUUUUGAAUGAUCUGAUCGGUCAGCUUAUGACUUGAAAAACUUGCACUACAGGAAAGCAUGGUUUAAAAAAAAAAAAAAGAAAAGGUAUUGAAGCAAGAAUGGUUGUUCUGACAAAUGGAAUGACUGAGUAACAGCUGUUUAUUUUUCUGUAGAAGCCUGUGGAAUUUUGGCUUCUUGGAACCAGCAGGUACUUCCUGUUUGGAACGCCAGGUGGGACGGGUCAAUCGGUCCAGCUCUCCCAUACAGUCAAUAGUCCGUACUGAAGCGACUGUCACAUCAUUUGUUUGAGUCAAAAACAAAGGUGUUUCUGUCAGGGAACUUCUGGAUUCUGAUGGGAGGAAACACCAAUUUGAGUCCUGAUGUAGUUUUACAAACAUUGUCCUCCUUGUGACACAAAAGCAGCAACAAUGAAUGUUCAAAAAGCUUCACCUUUUUGCCAAAUUCUAUAAUUUUUCAAAAGAGCAAAAUGCACUUUGUGUCUGUGGAACCUCAGAAGUUCCCACUUUCUCUGCCAGUUCGGAGGAUUUUGGUUGACUUGCUUUACGUCAGGAACCCUUUUCUCCUGAAAGAAAGUUUCUUUAAUGAUGUCCAGAAGGAGACACUUUAGAUUCAUCGUCCCAGAAACCGACCUGUAGCUUCAUGAAUGUACAAAGCAGAAGACAGCUCGUACAUCGCCGCUGCAGGCGUAGCAGACCGCGUGCGGCGUACCUUUGCUCUGUGUUUACGUGUCGUCUGUGAGACUCGCUAUCAAGGUUUUGACAGUUGUCCACGCGCCAUCUUGGCUUCCUGCCGCAGUGGGAAUUCUUCAACUAAAACCUUGGGGUGUUGUAAAACCAACAGAUGUGAUUUAUAAAAAAGAAA